AUGGCCGAACUUGCGACAGACAUGUGUUCACCAGAACUAGUGGACGACAACGUGGAGUCUGGUGCACUUGUCAAGACCCUGUCGCCAACGGAUGAAGUAGUGAAUGGAAACGCUGCUGAAGAGAGGUUUUUGGGUAAAAAGCUAAAGAAGAAGAAGGAGAAGAAGGAGAAAAAGAAAAAGGAGAAGGGAAAAUCUCUUUUAUUUAAUAGCCAAGGCACUAUCUUUGCAGAAGAGUCUUUAGCUGUCGAGCCAGUCACGUCGACAGAGGAUCGAGAACAGUUGGUUGCUGUUCCUGAGGAGUUGGACAUCCUGGACACCGCAAUGCCUGAAGAGGAUCCAGUUCUAGAGGCCGAGAGCGUUCAUGGACCAUCAGCUGAGUCCCCCUUCUCAGGGCAUAUCAAUGGUGUCAUUGAGCAUGAUAUGCCACCACCAGCGCCUCCGCCACCAGCGCCUGAGCCACAGGAGCUCAUAUAUCUCCCAUUCAGCGCCCAACAUAAGCUCAUGGUGCACCUACAGGAGCGCCUUGAGACAAUGUGCUUUUCCUUUGCCCAGCGUGUCCUCCCGCAUGCUCUCGAAAGCCGCGGUUGGGAUUGUCCAGAAAUGCUACAGCUGCACCUCUGGAUGAAAGACCCCGCUUUCCAGCACUACAUGGAACAAAAUGUGCCUGACAUGGAACGUCGCCUUCAGAUGAUCGAUUUCGCUAUCGAGAUUCGGCGCUGCGCUGUGAAUCGCAAGCGGAUUGAUACGACUGUGUUGGAAGCUCUUCUCUCCUCCGCUUUGGACUUAGCUAAAGUUCUCGAGGAGCAAUCCUCAGUCGAUGAGCUUGAACAAUUAAGAGACCGUGUCAUCCAAACCACUCAUCGCCUUGCCGAGGAAACUCAGGUAAUGCAGGCCAGAUACGAGACAAAGUUGCAGGGAAUCGCCGCUGCUCGGGCAAGGUUGGAUGUCAUGGAGGAGGGGAACAAAACCUUGCUUGCCAAGAGGCUGGAGAAAAGUCGUUCUGCAGCCAAUGGCAGAAUCAUCAUGCUUAUACGUGAGGCGGGAUGCUCAACUCCAAAGGCAGCUUUGCCUGGAGCGUCAACAACGAGAUCUUGUCUUGAUUGGAUGAACGAUCUCGAGAGUAGCUUGGCUCUGGGUGAGGAUGAUGAUGAGGACUUUGUGGGUUAG